GCUACGUUUAAAAAGGAAAAAAGCACAAUUAACUUUUAUUACAUUGUUUUAUCACAAAUAACGUAAAAAUGCAAUUCUAACAAUUGCUAUAAACUAUACCAGCGUAGGGCACAUUUAAUACAGUAUAGUUCGAUGCAUGUAUGGAAGAUACACAUCAAAAUAAUUUCACAAGGAAAUAAAAAUGUUAAUUUAAAACAUCAUAUACCAAAAAUUCAGCAUCUCCAAAUUACAACAGAAUAUUAACAUUCCAAAUUAAAAUAUUAAAAAAAAAAUAAGAAGAAAAAUGUGGGUUACCACGCUUGUAAGAUUUUUUCAACACAUUUUGUUAUGCACCACAUUCUUUAUUUACCAAAGUAUCAAUGUACAAAUCCACUGCCUGCUUAUCAGAUCCUUCACCUCUGUUGUCAGGACAACAGUGGCUAUCUUUGCUGCGCCCCCUUCAGUCCAUUCUCUAGACUGCUCGUUGUAAGCUUUCGCGAGUACGGAUAUGGCGUCUCUUCACCUACAGAGUUUGGUUCAACUGGAAGUACUUUGUGAGCAGCUUUACCAAGGCACAGAGCCAUCCCAACGCCUGCAGGCUGAGAAGGUUCUUGCAGAACUCACAGAUAGCCCAGAAUGCCUCAGCAAAUGCCAGCUUUUGUUGGAACAAGGCUCAACAUCGUAUGCACAGCUGCUCGCAGCAACUUGUCUCUCCAAGCUUGUUUCUAGAGUGAACCCAUUAACGGUGGGCCAGAGGAUUGAUAUCCGAAAUUAUUUGCUGAACUACCUAGCAUCAAGGAAAUUAGCACCGUUUGUCAUUCAAGCCCUUGUGCAAGUCAUAGCCAAAAUCACAAAAUUAGGGUGGUUUGAUGUUCAGGAAGAGCAACUAGUCUUCAGGGAUGUAAUAGCUGAUGUCAGCAAAUUUUUGCAGGGAACGGUAGAGCACUGUGUAAUAGGAACAAUGAUCCUAUCAGAACUGACUCAGGAGAUGAAUGUGGUUGAUUACACAAGGCCAUCACCCAAAAAUCGCAGGACAGCUACCUCAUUCAGAGACACAGUUUUGAAGGAUAUUUUGUUGUUGGCAUGCUCUUUGCUGAAAGAGGUCCAGGGAAAGCCUUUAAAUUUGCAAGGGCAACAAAACCUAGUGAUGCAUCUUCUGAAGCUUGUCCUAAACUGCCUGAAUUUUGACUUCAUUGGAAGCUCAGCUGAUGAAUCAACUGAUGAUCUGUGCACUAUUCAAAUCCCAGCAAGCUGGAGAUCAGUCUUUUUGGAGUCAUUAACCGUGGACCUGUUUUUUGAUUUGUAUCAUACCAUUCCACCACCACUUUCACAGUUAGCCUUGUCUUGCAUAGUGCAGUUCGCAUCUGUAAGGCGAUCAUUGUUCAGUAAUCCUGAACGGUCUGAAUAUCUCAGUAAAUUAAUGAAGGGAGUGAAAAGGGUACUAGAAAAUCCUCAGGGAUUGUCUGAUUCCAAUAACUACCAUGAAUUUUGUCGACUUUUGGCCCGUCUGAAGACAAAUUAUCAACUAGGAGAGCUAAUAGCUGUGGAGGAAUAUCCAGAAAUCAUUCGUCUGAUAGCCAAUUUCACUGUUACUAGUUUACAGCACUGGGAAUUCGCCCCAAAUAGUGUCUAUUACUUGAUAACACUUUGGCAGAGGAUGGUAGCAUCUGUGCCAUUUGUUAAGUCUACUGAGCCACAUCUUUUGGAUGUGUAUGCGCCAGAAGUGACACAAGCAUACAUUACAUCUAGACUGGAAUCAGUGCUCAUCAUUGUAAGGGAUGGAUUGGAGGACCCGCUGGAUGAUACAACCACAUUAUUUCAGCAGUUGGAGCAGCUGUGCACAGUCAGCCGCUGUGAAUAUGAGAAGACCUGUGCCCUUCUUGUGCAGUUGUUCGAUAAAGCUGCACAAACCUACCAGGAAUUGCUUCGCUCUCCUAGUGGAAGGACUAUGGAUAUCACUGUGCAGGAAGGUCAUCUGGCAUGGCUUGUUUACAUAGUGGGUACUGUUAUUGGAGGACGGCUGACAUAUACAAGCACUGAUGAACAUGAUGCCAUGGAUGGGGAGCUCUCGUCUCGGGUUUUCCAGCUGAUGAACUUAAUGGAUUCCAGAUUACCUCAGUCAGGAAAUGAGAAAGUUGAACUUGCAGUUCUGUGGUUUCUCGAUCAGUUCCGAAAAACUUAUGUAGGGGACCAGCUCCAGAGAACUUCAAAGGUUUAUGUCAGAUUGUCUGAUAUUUUGGGAAUUCCGGACGACAGCCAUGUUUUACAAGCUUUCAUGUCAAAAAUAGUGACCAACCUUAAGUACUGGGGAAGAAGUCAGUUAGUGAUUUCCCGAACUCUGCAGUUUCUUAAUGACCUUUCAGUUGGAUAUAUUAUUUUAAAAAAGCUUGUGAAGCUAGAUGCUGUGAAGUUUAUGCUUCAGAAUCACACGAAUGAGCACUUUCCUUUCUUGGGCAUCAAUGAACAUUUCAGCUUGAGUGACCUGAGGUGCCGCACUACAUUCUACACAGCCCUGACUCGUCUGCUGAUGGUAGACCUGGGUGAAGAUGAAGUUGAAUUUGAGCAAUUUAUGUUGCCACUCACAACAUCCUUUGAAGCAGUUAAACAGCUUUUCAACAAUGGCAACUUCAAGCAGGAGGAGGUUAAGCGUCUGUUGAUCGGGCUGGCGAGAGAUCUACGAGGGAUUGCCUUUGCACUGAACACAAAGAGUGGCUACACCAUGCUGUUUGACUGGCUCUAUCCAGAUUAUCUGCAGAUACUGCAAAGAGCCAUCAAGUUAUGGUACUGUGAACCAGCAUGCACCACCCCUAUUCUCAAACUCCUGACAGAGCUCCUGCAGAACAGGUCUCAGCGCUUGAAUUUUGAUGUGUCAUCUCCAAAUGGAAUCCUCCUGUUUAGGGAAGCGAGCAAAAUGAUUUGCACUUAUGGUAACCAGAUAUUGUCUCUAGGGAACAUUCCAAAAGAUCAAGUUUAUCCAAUGAAACUCAAAGGAAUCUCAAUUUGUUUUUCUGCACUUAAGACUGCUUUAUGUGGAAAUUAUGUUAGUUUUGGGGUUUUCCACUUGUAUGGAGACAGUCACUUUGACAAUGCACUACAAGCCUUUAUCAAGCUGCUUCUCUCUCUCCCCCACAGUGAUUUACUGCAAUAUCGAAAAUUAAGCCAUUCAUACUACCCACUGUUAGAGUGUCUUGCCCAGGAUCACAUGGCUUUCAUCGCCAAUCAGGAAGCCCAUAUAGUCCUUUAUAUCCUUACUUCCAUAUCAGAAGGCCUGAAUGCUUUAGAUACUAUUGUCUCAUCUAGCUGCUGUUCCAGUUUGGACAGUUUUGUCAGUUACCUCUUUAAGCACAUAUCCAGAGACAACAAGAAACCUCUGAGGCACAAGGAGAGGGGACAGGAGGCACAGAGGUUACUACACAUCAUGCAACAGAAUCCCACUGUACUGCAGGAGAUGUUAUCAAUCUUGCUAAACAUUGUGAUCUUUGAAGACUGUCGGAAUCAGUGGUCCGUGUCCAGACCAAUGCUGGGUCUUAUCCUUUUGAAUGAAAAGUACUUUGGUGAAUUGAGCAGUAACCUCGUAAGCAGUCAGCCUUCAGAUAAGCAAGAAGCCAUCCAGCAGUGUUUUGCAAACCUCAUGGAGGGAGUAGAGCGAAAUCUUUUAGUCAAGAACAGAGACAGGUUCACACAAAAUAUGUCCAUAUUCAGAAGAGAUGUGACUGAAGCUUUACGCAGUGAGGAUGACAGCAACGUUGAACAGGUCAACCUGGAUAUGAUGAGUUGACUUUGUGCAUCAGUGCCUUCACCAUCCAGAGACAUCUGAAUGCCUGCAUCUAAUAUUUUUGUAAAACAAGGCAUAGUUUUAAAAGAUCAAGUCAAAUGAUGCAAUUCCUGGAACGUGAUUUGGUCUAAAUCUGUGUCCUUUACCUUGCAGGUAGAAUCUAAUGACUGAGAAAAAUCUGAGCACCUUUUUAAGUAACGGACUGAACAGUGCUGUUCAUGAACCAUUCUUUCAGAGAUACAGAUCAAGUAGUUAUUUUUUAUAAUCUAAAGGAUAUGCAGUGCUGUAAUAGUGUAUUAACAGUUUGUGAAAGAAAAUGGUGAGGCCAUUCUGUUUGCCUUCAUAAUUGCACAGGAAGGAAUGCAGAAUGAACAAGAUGGAUUCAGCAUUCCAUGUGAAAUGAGUGACAUUAGACAGGCAGCUGUUUUGCUAUGAAGAUAAGGCUAUUGAAGUAUAUUAAAUUUAGCACUAAGACAUUACCACGACACUUGGUAGUGCUUCUAAAUUUUAUUGUGGUUGAUAUUGGUUACAAUGCCUUAUAAAUUAUUCAUCUGUUUUUUUUUUCCUUUUUCGUAUGACUUUCUGUUAAAACUAUUUGUUCCAUAUACCAUCCUUCCCACUGACUUACAAUUUCAUGGCAAAACUUGCGUGACUGUAACAUAUUGUUAUUAAAGUAUACUAAACUGCAAUGUCAAAACAGACAGUCUUUGGUAAGUGAUAUUAGAAGCAUGCUUUCAUGCAGAAUGAUCUCCCUUCCUGCAUCCAGUAACUGUGAAAUGCAGGAAAAAGUGUUGCAGUAGCAAAGAUUCAUCCUGGUGAGGUUCUUAAUUGUCCUCUAUUGUAAAAGUCCCACCUGAUAUUACUAACAGACCAAUAUAAACCUGGAAUAUUGCUUACUACUAGGUGUCAUUUGUUUACUGGACUGAAAACUGUUGAAAACAAGAGCCAUAAUUUCCUGUAGUACGUCUAUUGUAAUGUUCAUACUGAUUUAAUUGUUUAAUUGUAAAAUAAAAUAUCUUGCUAUGAAACA